CACACUGCAUGGAAUUCGAGACCUAUCGGGGCCUAUCGAUAUCCUGAUAUACACGCCAACGACGACCGUGUGUGGAUUCGUGGAGCAAAUCGAAAUUGGCAGGAUUAAAAGCAUUCGCGAACGCAAAGGCAGCGGCUAAAGGGCUGCCCAUGCACCAAAGAAACUAACUAGCUGGCCCAGUGGUUCAUUAAUCUGCAUUUAACAUGCUAAAAUCGGCGUAAUUGGCAAGUUCAAUGCACGACUAAUAUAUUUGGCCACACUUGCCAGUGUGUGUUUGUUUGUAUGCGUGCCUGUUUGUGUGGUGUCGUGUCCGUGUGUGUUUGUGUGUCCGCGACGAGUAUGUGUGCGCACAUAUUCGUAUAUUUGCAAGACUCGCGGAUGAAACAGCGUGAAAAGUGAGCGAAAUAUCGGGGAAAAACGGCACGGCACGGGCACAAAACGGAACGGUACGAGAAAAGGGCAACAGCCAGAGAACUCCUCAGUCCGGACACGGAUAAUGGGGAUAUAGCUGAUACAGCCAAUAGCCCCCCGAGAGCCACAGCACAAUAGUUCGGUUGGGCGACGUCGUCGAGUGUUAAACGUCAAAAAUCAUACCCAGGAACGGACGGAGCUGAGAUGUUGAAGCGGCUCCAACUGAGUGUCAAGUGUUUGGUGUUGUGAAAUUUUCCGUCUCCAUCUCUCCGUUCGGCGUUAAGCCAAUUUGCCAACCCUUUCCCCCCUAAAAAACGUAAUCCCCGAGACCCCUCAAGUUUCGGUCAAAAUUUUCAAUUGAACGCAACUCCGCCAUAAACAAAAAAAAAGAAGUAAAAUUCGGCCACUAGCCAAACAACAAAAAAACAGAGAAAAAAAAUCACGCAGUAACGCAGAAGAAGCAGCAGCAGCAGCCGAAAAAAGACGAAAAGAAAACUUGUUUGAAAAGGCCGAACCGAAAGAAGAAAAAGAGCAGCAGCAUUGCGGCCAAGUUUGGAAGAAUUUAAGAAUUUCAGCGUUCAGCGUGCUAGGAACGGAGCACCGGACCGGCGACGUCACCAAAUAAACACCCAUCACCAUGGACGAGGAUGACAACCUGUCCAAUGCCGACAUCAGCAUCGAUGACGAGGAGGUGGUGCUGGAGCGGACCCACAAUGCGCCCAUGCAGGAGGAUCUAGAGCAGGAGGACGAAGACGGGUCAUCCGAUGUGGAUCUCUCCUCGGUGUACGUCCUGCCACCCAUAGUCUCGGCACCAUCGCCCGCAUCAGUGCGCAUUGCUGCUGGAUCCUCAGGUGGUGGCGUCGGAGCCGCAGCGGGAGCAGUAGCCACAACCACCGAUAACUCGCAUUCCCCCUUCCACGACUGGGAUUCCAGUGUGGCGGCUGCUGCUGCUCCACCGCCGCCACCGCCCAGGGCAGGAGCGAGUACAGCGAGCUCCGGCACAUCAGCGGGAUCGGCGGGAGCAGCGGCCGCCUCAUCCGGCGAUGCCGGCGCCAAGCCUAGCUUCUUCUUUGGCGCCUCCUCGUUCAGUUUGCGCAGCCGCAAGGAGGUGGCCGCCCUGAUCAACACGGAAUGCUGCCGUGGCAGCCCUACACCCGAUCUCGACUCCAUCAUGGACACCCUGUUCAAUCCGGGCACGCCCAUCGACAAUCUGGACAACAUCGAGUGGAUACGAUGGCUCAUUGCCGGCGGACGGACGCCGCAGGAGUUUGUUAAAAUUGUGCGCAGCUAUGACAACCACGCCAAAUGCGGUCUGGUAUGGGUGCCCCAUGUGGUGGCCUACAGGUGCCGCACCUGCGGCAUAUCACCCUGCAUGUCCAUAUGCCGGGACUGCUUCAAGAAGGGCAACCACACGAACCACGACUUCAAUAUGUUCCUCUCACAGGCGGGCGGUGCCUGCGAUUGUGGUGACACCUCGGUUAUGAAGGCGGAGGGUUUUUGCAGCGAUCAUGGCAUCAAUAACCGGGUUAAUCGUGAUCCGGUGCCCAACAAUCUGUUGGCGGUAGCCGAGGCCAUAAUGCCCAAGCUGCUGUUCCGCCUGUUGCAGCACUUCCGCGAGCACAGCGACACACCUCUGGAGGUACAAGCGAUAACGUCGUACUCUUGCGAGGAGUUCGCCAACAUGCUGAUCGAUCUGAACAACAUGGGCGAGAUAAUGCGCAAAGUGAUGACGCGCACGCUGAUUAAUCCCGAGGUAUAUUCCUACUUCAUGGAAGCACCGUGCCAGGACACGAGGAAUGGGCGUUUUUUGAAGGCGAACCGUGAGAAAUACGAGGAUGCGGUUAACAGAUUCCCAAAUCCAGAGCCACCCGAUGAGUACAGGGAUCUGCCCGCGCUGGGCGACAAGCUGGUCCACACCACGCUACUCGAAGAGUUCAUCUUCUGGACAUUUAAGUUCGAGUUUCCACAGACUCUGGUCUGCUUCCUGCUGAACAUGCUGCCUGAUCAGGAUUACAAGGAACACCUCACCCGCACAUUUGUGAUGCACUACAGCCGCAUACCGUCCGUGUUGGAAAUGUCUCGUGAUCCGGAUACGCUGAGCAACCGGGUGGUCCACAUGAGCGUCCAACUCUUCUCCAACGAAAGUCUGGCCCUCAAGAUGGUCAAUGAGCUGUCGCUGCUGCACGUAAUGAUUAUCAGCCUAAAGCUAAUGAUGUCCAAGAUACUCAUACAGAAUACAUUGCAUGAUCCCAACAAGAAUUUCCAUUUCGUCAUCGACUGUACCCGCCAGGUGAUGAAGGACCACUGCUACUGGCCACUAGUCUCGGACUUUAACAACGUCCUUUCACACGAAUCGGUGGCCCUGGUCUUUCUGCGGGACGACAAUCUCAUCGACAUGUGGUUCCAGUUUCUCCAGAUGCUUCAGGGCAUGAAUGUCAAUGUGCGGGAGACGGCUUCUCAUGUGGAAUUCGAGCCAAACAGCUACUAUGCGGCGUUCUCCUGCGAGCUUGAGGCCAGUGCCUAUCCCAUGUGGUCAAUUAUCUCCCAUCUGCAGGAUGGCACACAUGCCCACCUGGCAAAGAAGAUCAUCAACUACUGUGUGACGACGCUGCACGAGUGGUUAGACUCUAUUUACUUUAUGGAGGCGCGUCUAUCGAUGGAGGAGAUGAUGCAGGCCUCGUUCCACUUUCCCCUGCAUCGCUAUCUGGCUGCCUUUGUUUGCCAGGCGGUAACUAAAAUGGGAAUCAGUCUGAACGAUGUCCUACCGUCACGACCCUAUCUGCUGCCCCUGCUGAUGAUCCAUCCACUUCGUGUCCAGAGUUUCUUCUACGAGAUCCUGGCCGGAAAAUGGGUGCGCAAUGGUCUUCAAAUCAAGGGCCAGGCAAUGACCUACAUACAGGCGAACUUCUGCAACUCGAUGGCCGACAUGGACCUGUUCUUCCUGCAGAUCUGUGCCACCAACCUGCCGCAGUACUUCUUCCUGCAGAACACCAUCGAGUUGUUCGACGUGGGUCAGUGGCUGGAGACGGCUCCCUUGAAGCAGCCCCAAAAGGCGGAGCAAUCCUCGAUGCUGGAGGGAUUCCUAACCUUCCUGGCCACCCUGGUGACGAGUCGCACUAAUCUGGGAAACGAUGAGGCCACCCAGUGCAUCAUCGAGAUCAGUGCCUUGUUGGCCACCGAGAACAAGACGCACUCGCAGCUCCUUGAACUAAUGCCGGAGCGGUCGGGCAAUGUGCAUACCAAAAACUUUGAGACCUUCCUAAAGAAGCUCUCGGUUUACAAGGCUCCGUCGAGUGGGAGCGAGAACCUGGAGCAGGGUCUCUUCACGCCAAUCGACGAAGUGUGGGAGAAGCACUACGAUCCGCUGCACGUCCUUUUGCGAGCAGUGCACCGUCGGGACUUUCAAUCAUCGCUGGAUCGCUUUACAAACUAUGUAAAGAGCAAGGAUAAGAUGCCGGCGAGUGGUAACCUGUGGCCGCCAUUCCGAUUGCCGCAGGCUCUGCCCGCAACGAGCUCCUUCAGUGAUCCCUGCAAGAUUCUUAACUCGCGCGUCUUUCACUCCACCAUCCUGUCGAUAUUUUUCCGUGCAGUGCACACACGUGAUGUUUCCGAGCAUCUGCUGGCCCUGGCUGUGUUCCUUUUGGAGAUUGCUGUGGAAACAAGUGAUGAUGUUGGCAGUGGUACCGGAGAUCGGGCCCCUCCUGCGCUGGCUGCUGUGGUGGAGUCUUCUGGCGGGCCGGGCUAUCACGGCUACGGCUCGGGCCGGCAGGAACCGCCUAAGCUGUUCCAGUGCUAUCCCACGGACAAUCUUAGCUGUAAUCUGCGCCACGUGGUCAAGAAGGUGUCGCUGAAGUCACGUGAUCCGCAAGUGAUCACCUCCAGCUAUCGGUCGAACCCGUUUUACUCAGAUCUGGACUUUGAUGUUGACGCGGAUCCAGAGCAAUCGAUGCGCAUGAUUGGACAUGGGGACUCCGAAGCAGAUGAGGCAACGGGUGGAGCUGGCUUGGGAUCAGUUGGACUGGGAAUGGGAGCUCUUAGCAGAAGGAAUGUCUCUCAGGCGCUGGUGCCGAUGAGAGUGCCUGGCAUGGAGGUCGCCCUACCACCGGAUCUUUCAGUAGUCGCCGAAACCGGUGUGGUUAUCCGCCAGGAUAGCAACGAAGAUGAUCUACUCAGAGAAGGCGAUCAUGCCAUGGAUAUGAGCCCAGCGGCUGCACUCGAUUUCCAUUUUCCGCUGCAGCAGAUCACGUUGCCGGAAAGUGGCAUGGAAGUGGCCAUUCGGCGAGAUCUUCUGCUGGCCGAAACGAACAAUAUGGGCGCAAUUGCAGGAGGAGCUGGAGGUGGCGCCAAUGCCUCGGCCACACCACCAGCAGUGGCUUCCAAUGAGAUGUUCUCGCCUACCACACCCACGGGCAGCGGUAUGCUCCUGCCUUUCCAGCGGGUUCAGCCUGUAGCCGUGCCCAGCAGCGUUAAUAUGGAUAUUGUCCCAUCAAAUGCCCUGGGCGCCGGCGGAAGUUUCACAUCCGGCGUAAGUGGUGGCAGCACUGGACGUAGAAUGAACUACGAAACGGGUGGAGCACGUAAACGAUCCGUCGACAUUGCCAUCGGUGGCAGCAAUAAGGAUGAGCUGCAUUUGGACGAGAGCAUCUUGUCGCUGCUGCUGAAGCUCCAUUCUCAGCUCUCAGGCACACUAGAUAGCUUCUCGUUGAGCGACGGCGAAGAUCAAUCAUCUGGCGACGAUUCGUCCAUGGAUGUGGACUGCAACGAAGCCAGCACCUCCAUGGCAGCAGCGGAGAGCACUGCAUUGGCUGAGAGGGGACGCAGUGGGCGCAACUACAAGAACAUUCAUGUAUCCUCCUCCCGCAUCGGCGACGGACCAUUCUUUAUUGGUAAUCUGCUGCGCAAGAUCGCCAAACAGGAUGAGCAGUGCGCCCUGAGCAUCGACGACAUCCGUGCCAGACUCUGGCCGAAUCAGCGUGAAAAACAAGCGGAGGCGAAGGCACGCGAGACCAAGGAGAAGGAGGAGCGCCGCAAGAAAGCACGUGAGCGCCAGCAGAAGAUGAUGCAAGACUUUGCCAACAAGCAGAAGCAGUUCAUGCAGUCAGCUGCGGCGGCAGCCAGCAGUAUGGACUACGGACCGGAGGACGAGGACGAUGAAGAGUUGUACGAGGAGCAGCCGCGCGAAAAGGAGUACGACUGCAUAAUCUGCAAUUGCACUACGCCCAGUACUGAAUCGAAUCCUAUUGGCUUGGUCGUUCUGGUCGAGUCCAGUGGCAUUGUUGGACAUCGGCGGCGCAUCGCCGAGCGACUGCCGCUGCCGCUAAACGCGGAGGAUGAGUCCCGACUGGCACAUACCACCCGACUGGCGGCGGAAUUCAGCAGGCGCACGGAACUGCUUAGUCUCAAGUUUGGCGAUGAGUCCUGGUAUCUGUCCAAUAAUAUGGCGUACGACAACGGUGUACAUGUGCAGUCGUGUGGCCACCACGUUCAUCUCAGUUGCCUAGAGGCAUACCUUAAGACGCUGUACACCACACAACGUCAGCCAGUCCAGGAUCGUGGCGAGUUCUACUGUCCCGUGUGCCGACAGCUCUCCAACUCGGUGCUGCCGCUGAGUCCGCAGCUGGACAGACCCACACACCUUGUCCGCUCUGGUAAUCAGCCGUUCGAACGUCUUGUCGCCGACCUCACCGAUUUAAUUAAAGAGAACGAAACGAUACCGCAGCCCACAAAACUGACAGAGGCCAUGGGUCAUGCCAUGGAGGUGAUGACAAAUAUUGCCCAGCGCAAGGUUAAAUGCGCCUCGAUCACGUUCCGCAAGCUGUUCAUCUUCGUUACCUCGAUUGCGCGUACAAACCUGGAGGCGGAGAUCAUCCAGCGGGGCGGAUCACUAUGCUCAGCGAAUGCCACGCGGUACAAGCCAAAGCGGGACUGCAUCGUACCGCUGCUGCACGUGCUAUCGGUACAUGUGCGUGUCUUGGUCGAAUGGCCGCUGUGGAGCAGCUGGGCCUCGUUGGCUGGCCUGCCCGUUAGCGAUACGGAACCUUUGCCGGCGCACUGCCUCGAGUUAAUUCCCAGCCUGUUAGCGGAUCCCAUUGCGCUGCUGCUCAAGUUUAUCCUGCUGGCGCCACUGCACCUGGACCAGGAUUACUUCACUUGCAUGGUGAAAGUCAUGUACAACCUGCUGUACUACCAGAUUGUGGUUCAGCUAUGCGUUACCCUCACGGAUUUUGAGUGCGAUCACAUUCUCAAAGUUUACGGCAGCAGUGCCGCUGGCAGUGGCAACUCUGCUGCGGAAUCGCAACAGGAAUCUGCCGCCGGGACCACGAACAGUCGUCGCCGUGCUGGUCAGCAGCAGCAGAGCGCCUCGCAGCUGGGAAAGGCCAUGGCCCUGGUGCUAAGCCAGACAAAUGAGCUGGCGCACUUGCGACGCGAUUGCAUACCCAGUACCAGCAGCUCGGCGGCAGCGGCGGCGGCUGGUUCCUCCUCCACGACCGCCCCUGGCUCCAGUACAGUCACAGCCUCCUCCUCAUCCUCGGCCACGACGCACGAGGUUAACCUUAAGUCCAUGGAACUACAGCUGCAGUCGCUAUGUUUGCCGUUCUUGCGAGUAGCUGCCCUGCUGCGCCAGCAUCUCUAUCGCCACGAGAUGCCAGAGAUCUCGGCACCGGGACUGGAGUUUGUGCGUCUUGUUUACUAUUUGGAACUCGUCACAGAUUCUAUGGACUGGGAUUGCUUUAAUGCCAGCAAGGGGCUAUGCUUUAUUCCCGGCACUGAGCAAACGCUGCCGCAGUUCUGGUGCCAGCAGUUGAUGGAGGUGCGUCCGCCGGCGGAUACGGUCAGAGAAUUGGUGCUCAUCAAUCAGCAUUCGUUGUGGCAGCAGCCGCGACUUCUCGAAUUGCCGCGCGAGUACGAACGCUUGUUCACGUACUACCAUGAGCGGCCGUGCCUCAACUGCUAUAAAGUGCCCAAGGAGAGCUCCAUCUGCCUGCUGUGCGGGACGAUCGUAUGCCUCAAGCAGAACUGCUGCGCGGAGAAUGACUGCUGCGAGGCUGUUCGGCAUACGCUAUCCUGUGGAGGGGGCAUAGGUAUCUUUUUGGUGGUCACCUCCACGUACAUCAUAGUUAUCCGUGGACGACGCGCCUGCCUCUGGGGCUCACUCUAUCUCGACGACUUUGACGAGGAGGAUCGCGAUCUCAAGCGCGGCAAACCUUUGUAUUUGAGCCAGGACCGCUUCAAUCUCCUGGAGUCGCAGUGGCUGUCCCAUAAGUUUGCUCAUACAAAACACACCUGGGUUUUUCAUCGGGAUCUAUUGUGAAAUAUGGAAGACCUACUGCGCAGCAUCCAGGAGUUGGUUGGCCAGAUCUGAGAUGGCCGCUCUUAGCCUAGUCGAACCAGUCAACCACCCGCCCCCGAUAUCCCCUCCAAGCACCAGCCGAAUCACUAACCCAACCACCCCACUUAUCCUCUAGUUUAAGCUAGUUUCGUUGUUUGUUGUGGAGCCUCAAAUGCGGAGUUGGACAACCGGCCACGUUCUGUCCGCCAUCCGUAUACGCAUCUGCAUCCGUAUUUGUUUACGGUUAUCGACCCCCAUCCUCCGCCACAUGCCCCAACGCGCCUAGAAGCAACCGUCGGCAAAUUUGCAAUUAAUUGAUAUUACACAUUUUUAUAUAUAACAAUACUUAUAAAUAUGGAUGCGAACAAUACGAAAUACCUACAGCUAUAUUAUUGUUUGUUGUCAACUGUUCAACUGAGAAACGCAUAAUACACCUUAUAUAGAAGAUGAUUGCAUAAUCUCGCGAUCAACAAAAAUAUUAAACAA